AUGGCAAUCCCCAGCCCCACCAGAUUAUCCCUUGCCAUGGAGAGAACCGGGCAAUGGGUUUUCUCCCCAGAAAUCCCCACCGACGUUAUUGUUGCAGUGGGAGAAGCCAGUUUUUCCCUCCACAAGUUUAUUCUGGCGGCUAAGAGUAACUACAUCAGAAAGGUGAUCAUGGAAUCAGAGGAGAGUGACCUAACCAGAAUAGACCUCACGAACAUACCUGGAGGCAAAGAAGCUUUUGAGAAAGUAGCGAAGUUCUGUUACAGCGUCAACUUCGAGAUCACUAUUCAUAACGUGGCGCCACUGCACUGCGCUGCUGAGUUCCUCCAGAUGACUGACGAGUAUUGCGACGGAAACCUCGCUGGAAGAACGGAGGACUUUCUCUCACAGGUCGGCCUCUCCACUCUCCAUAACGCCGUCGCGGUUCUCAAGUCCUGCCGGCAGCUUAUCCCCUUCGCCACCGAAGUCACCGUCGUUGACCGCUGUGUUGAAGUAAUCAGCUCUAAGGCUUGCAGCGAGGCGAAAUUCCCAAGCCAGUCGCCGCCGAGCUGGUGGACGGAGGAGCUCGCCGUGCUCGACGUCGAUUCCUUCGCCAAGGUAAUCAUCGCCAUGAAACAGCGCGACGCUAAGUAUCUAACCGUCGCCGGAGCGUUGAUCACGUAUACUGAACGCACGCUGCGGGAGCUAGUCCGCGACCACACCGGCGGAGGAAGAGGAAUCCGAUCGCAGAACUCCGGCGAAUCAGAUUCGGAGUCGAUAAGAAGCGAGCAACGCGAGAUUCUGCAGUCUACCGUGCCGCUCUUCCCGAUGGAGAAAGCGGCGUUUCCGAUCAACUUCCUCUGCUGCCUCCUGCGGUGCGCGAUCUAUCUCCGCGCGUCGAGCGCGUGCAAGCGCGAGCUUGAGAAGCGCGUCACGGAGAUACUGGAGCACGUGACGGUUGACGACCUUCUCGUGCUCACGUUCACCUACGACGGAGAGAGGCUCUUGGAUCUGGACAGCGUGAGGAGGAUUAUCUCCGGCUUCGUGGAGAAGGAGAGGAGCACGAUGGUGUUUGACGCCGGCGUGAACUUCAACCAACACUUCUCCCCUGCGAUGCAGCGCGUGGCCAAAACGGUGGAUGCGUACCUCGCUGAGAUAGCCGCAUAUAGCGAACUCUCCAUCUCUAAGUUCAACGGCAUCUCCAUCCUCAUUCCCAAUGGCGCAAGAAAAUCCAACGACGAUCUAUACCGCGCGGUUGAUAUCUACCUCAAGGUGCACCCGAACCUGGACGAGAUAGAGAAGGAAAAGGUAUGCAGUGUGAUGGACCCACUGAAACUAUCGUACGAGGCGCGUGUGCACGCAUCGAAGAAUAAGCGGUUGCCAUUGCAGAUCGUGCUUCACGCGCUGUAUUACGACCAACUGCAUCUGAGGAGUGGUACGACAGAGGACAAGGAGGCGGUAGCGGUGGCGAUGUCGGCGGACAGGAAACAACUUCAGGCUGACGUGUCUCUGGUGAGGGAGAACGAGGAGUUGCGAUCGGAGCUGACGAAGAUGAAAAUGUACAUUACCGAUUUGGAGAAAAAUGUCCAGGGAACGUCGUCGUCGUCUGGGACUGGGAGGGAGACUCCUGGGCCUGUUAAAAGGCACACCUUUUUCUCGUCCAUGUCGAAGAAACUGAGCAAGUUGAACCCGUUCAAGAAUGGGUCUAAGGACACGUCACACAUUGACGAUGCCCCUGUGGACUUGACCAAGCCCAGAAGGAGAAGGUUCUCCAUUUCCUAG